ACCACUCUCUCUCUCUCUCUCUCUCUGUAUUUAUAUAAAGUAACCGAAAAAAGAAGAAAGGGAUGAUGAAAAUUAUUCUGCCAUGAAUGUUUCCUUGCUUGAGCCACACCCAUCUCUCUUGCUCUUUUUGAAAGGUAAUUCAUAAUUUCAUAGCCCAAACGAAACUGAACUACCAAGCAAAGCAGUUCAAGACAUGGUUCUACUCCACUAUCCAUGAGUUCUUAUGUCGCUUACACUCUACACCGUUGCCUUAUUUGUCCCACGCAGUUUUAGGACUUUUGUUUUUUCACUCAAAUUUUGAUCGUUUCCACCAGAGCAACAAUACCCAUAUUCCCCACAUUUCGCUCUUGAGCUCAAAUGUCUGAGAAACCAUCUGUGCCAGACCUUGAAGCCAUGCCAGUUUCUGGACUUUUUAAGAAGUUGAAGCGCUUGAGACUCUUUGAGCCCUCCGUGGGUGUUCUAGGAUUCGUAAUUGUUACUGUCGGCGUGAUUUGCUGCUUCUUCUACUUGGAUUACAGAACAGUGGCUAAAGGAUUCCUAUUUCCCGGUCAGUCAGAGAGGUUCGUGUGGUUGAAGAUCAAAGGGUCCGGUGAGGAUCAAAGGGUUGAGUUUCUUGAACAAAAGGGUGGCCGCUGUGAUAUAUUUGAAGGGGAUUGGGUGUGGGAUGAGAACUAUCCGUUGUAUCAGUCCAAAGAUUGCAGAUUUUUAGAUCAAGGAUUUCGUUGUUCUGAGAACGGGAGACCUGAUUUGUUUUACACCAAGUGGAGAUGGCAACCUAAAGAUUGCAACUUGCCCAGGUUUGAUGCAAAAUUGAUGUUGGAAAAACUGCGAAACAAAAGGCUAGUAUUUGUUGGUGACUCAAUUGGGAGAAACCAAUGGGAGUCCCUCCUUUGCAUGCUCUCAUCUGCAGUUCCUAACAAGGAUUCAAUCUAUGAAGUAAAUGGCAGUCCGAUUACAAAGCACAAGGGAUUCUUAGUGUUUAGGUUCAAUGAUUUCAACUGUACGGUGGAGUACUACAGGUCUCCGUUUCUUGUAUUGCAGAGCCGGCCACCUCCGGGAGCUCCGCAAAAGGUGAGGACAACUUUGAAAUUGGAUCAAAUGGAUUGGAACUCUGUGAAUUGGAGAGAUGCAGAUGUGCUGGUCUUAAAUACAGGGCACUGGUGGAAUUAUGAGAAGACCAUAAGAGGGGGUUGUUACUUCCAGGAAGGCGCAGAGGUAAAGAUGGAUAUGAAAGUUGAACAUGCAUAUAGGAAGUCCAUAGAGACUGUGGUGCAUUGGAUACAAACUAAAUUGAAUUCAAGCAAGACCCAGGUUUUUUUUCGCACGUAUGCCCCUGUACAUUUCAGGGGAGGGGAUUGGAGGGCUGGGGGAAACUGUCACAUGGAGACACUUCCAGAGCUGGGAUCCUCGUUAGUGCCUUCUGAUUCUUGGGCGCAAUUCAAAAUAGCCAAUGCCAUGUUAUCAGCUCACAUAAACACAUCAGAAGCAGUGAAAUUUGAGAUGUUGAAUGUAACCCAUAUGAGUGCAAGGAGAAAAGAUGGGCAUUCAUCUCUAUAUUAUCUGGGUCCUGAUACAGGCCCUGCACCUAUCCAUCGUCAGGAUUGCAGCCAUUGGUGCCUGCCUGGAGUCCCUGACACUUGGAAUGAGCUACUCUAUGCGCUUUUCCUUAAGCGCCAGGCUACUCACUCCUGGAACUCAUCAAAGUAAUCAGGUGUAGGUAGAUCGAUGAAGAAAGCCUCUUAUUUUUAUAUGCUACAGAGAAUUAUGCAAAAGAAAGAGACUAAAGAAAACAACAGAUAGUGUGUCAGAUGCAUGCAAGAGUUUUGCAGUGAGGGUCGCAAGGCUGUCUCAGAUUUUGAUGUUGAUAGAUAGAUGGGAUUCUGAGGAUAUCAGAUUUUUAGGUAGAGAAGAGAAGUCCAAUUUCAGGUUCAGAUGGGUGAACAAGGAUUUCUGGAAUAAAGAGUUCUGAUACUGUAAAGAAACAUUCACACAUUGGAUAUUCAUUGGGAUUAUAUCAGGUGGUAUAAGUUCAUUUGGGAAAAAGAUACGUAAUUUACCAAAUUUUGUCUAUAUUUUAUGAUUUGUAUCAAAGGACUAAACGUUUAGUUCCUUAUUUUUUUUUU